AUUUAUGCUUACAAUUAUUACGUUAUCCCAAGCCAAACAACACAUGUUUUUAACGUUCACUAAUCAGAGCUCCACUCUCUUACCACGAUGGACAAGGAUUCUUGUCAAAAUUUCUCAUUAGACUCUACGUCCACUUCGCAAUUUGCUCUUCCGCCAAUAUGCAAUCCGAAAAAGAAGAAACCUGAAAAAGCCAAGGUGGAGGAGACCUCUCCAGAAUGCUCCAACGUAAUCACAUCGUCAUCCUCAUCCUCGACAACCACCAUAUCAAUAGGCGCCUUUGAUUCGCAAUGUAACCUUCAUAACGCACCGGUUCCCGAGGCCCCGAAUAUCGGCUAUGAGCUAAACGUGGCCAAGUCUAUAUUGCAGAAGUAUAGCACUCUCAGUGGCGAUAACUUAUUUGAUCACCUAAGUGAUAUUAUAAAGAGGGUGAUUGACGAGCGUCCUCCCAAUGUGAUCGACUUCUUCGAAGAAUUCAGCAGAAAUGUCCGCGAACAAAAGUUCCAUUUACCAGAACGUUUUCCUCCAACUGGUGUUUUCGAUGAAGUUCGUACUUUCCGGGUGGCCAAGAAGAUUCUCCAAUCCAUGAAGCUACCCUACAAUAUUGAAGGCGAGGAUCUGAUGGGCGAAGAUAUGUCUGGUGAGGAUGCUAGGACAAAUGAAGAACUGAACAUCGUUAUAGACGAUUCCAUGCGAUACUUCGUUACUUUCAACGAACGAGUCCAACAACUGCAGUUCUACUGGACCCAAUGUGGAUUUAGCAUUUGCAACGAUGACAUCUUCCAGUUGGCCAGUGCCAUGAACCGGCUGCAGACCCAUCCCUCGAUAAUGCAGUGCAGAUUUUGGGGAUGCAUUAAUGGUCUGAAGGCCUCCUACUAUAUAGUCGAGGCCUCACUGACCCGCGAGGAGAUAGCUUCGCGCCUGGUCAUGAUGGAGGAUGAGAUGAGGCAAAAGCAAGUCCCGCUGCAGAUGCGCAAGGACAGGGAGGACAAGCCGUUGCCACCGCACAUUGGUCCGGAACUCACGCCGGGAAUAUAUGGUUGGGAAGAGUUUCCGCCCGAAGAGCUGGAGAAGAUGAGGCCCAAGGCUGCCGCCGUUCCUCUGGUUGAGGAAAUGGAGUUCUACGAUAUUCCACCAGAACUGAUUGGUCUGGGAUGCAAUAGAUACUCCUACUUCGUUGUGAAUUCCCUCUUCGACGAUUGGAUUGAGUUGCCCAUAGUGACUCCUCGGCAGAUUGCAGUGUCCCGGCAGAUCAAGAAGUUCCUUACAGGCGACCUAGAAGCGGAUGUAAUAUCUUUCCCCUGCUUUCCUGGAAAAGAGAAGCAUUACCUACGGGCCUUGAUAGGUCGCAUCACUGCUGGUACCUAUAUUGCACCUGUGGGCUACUACAGGCGGAUGACCAAGAAGGAAAAGAAGUUGUUCGAUGGCGAGGAGGAAGACGAGGGUGAGGAAGAGGAGGAGGAAGAAGAGGAGGAGGAGGUUAACGAAGGCGAGGAGGAACAAGUAGAAGAUAACGACGUAAUGCUUUUGAAGAAUGAAAAAUACGAAGUGGAACCACUGGGAUCUCUGGCCACUCCAGUAGCCUGGGUCCAUGUGAGAUCGAAUAUCCUCAAUCAGCAGGGCCGAGUAGUUUGGUAUGAUGAGGAAAAAGCCCGUAAGGAAAGGGAGAAGGCCCUUGCUCUCUAUUUGAAAAUGCAAAUGAUGGGCGAGAUGGAGGAAGAGCUGGAGGAGGAAGAAGAGGAGGAGGAGGACGAGGAGGAGGGCGAAGAGGAGGGCAUGAUCGAGGGCUUUAAUCAACCCGAACUGGGUCCCAGUAUCCUCUCCUCAUGUGCCAACGAUAUGAACCCCGAGGUUUCAGUUCCAUGGCUAGUCCGCUUGACCAGCAAGUAUACAAAUCAAAAGGAGCGAAUGCUUCUCAUGCAAUCGAACAUCUGGCCGGGCGCCUAUACCUUUAUCUUCGAGAAGACCUGCGAAUCGAUAUACUUGGGCUGGGGCCACAAGUACUACGCCCGCAAUAUACCCUUCAAGCACUUGCCCAUGGUGCAGGAGGAGUUUCCACACGAUGUCGAGGACUUCAUCGAGGCCAGUGAUCCCACCGUUGAAGAGGAGGAGGCCUACAAGGCUUGGCUCCUGAGAAAACAGCAAAAGGCCGACUAUGUGGCAGAAGAUAUCGAAGAUUAUGACGAUGAAGAGUUUGAUGAUCAGUUUGACGAUGACUAGUAACCUGCUGUUAAAUUUAAUGUUUCUUUUUUCUCAGUUCUGCAAUAAAAUGCAUUAUCAGUCUCA